AUGCUUUCUCAGAAUGUGGCCAAAACGACGGUUCCGUCGUACUACAUGAUUCGGACGAAUCUUCCGCAUCGGAAGCCGCAGAAUCAGUGGGAAGGGGUGUACUACUACAGCGGCAUAACGAAACGUCAGCGCCACCUCAUUUUGCUGCAUCGCAAACGUGAACGGGAGGCACAUAUGCGAUCAUUUAACAUCUCACGGGCUUCUGUGCUGCAACGCUUGGAGCAACUCUCAGGGGACCGGAAGCAAGAGUCCCUACCACCACACGUUCGACUGGAUUUGGCGGUUCGUUUGGCGCAACAUGGGCUCUAUCAGCAGGCGACACCUAUUGUUGAUGAACUGCAUCACCAGAAAGCGCUCCACGCAGGUCAUUACGCACUUCUCAUCAACGCACUAGCGUGUCCUCGUUUGGGCCAGCGGAUUCUCCACUGUGACGCACAAUGUGACCCGGCACUGACUUACAAACUACUUGGUGACGAGAACGGAGAGGAGCGAGCACAAGAGGCGUACCGUUGGUUUGAUUUAGCACUUACUUCUCUUGCGGUGGAUUGUGGAGGACGCACACAACCGAGCCAGUUUGUUCGUUACUUGCCGCAGGGGACAGCUGCAGCUAGCCACAUUACUAAUGCGCUUAUGCGAACGCUUCUCACCUGUGGUUACACGCACGUGGCUGCCAUCCCCGACUCGGUGUACGACAGGAUGGGUUCGAUGGGUAUCUCACCGACAAUUAGCACCUACGAACUUGUUAUGCUCGCUCUUUCACUUCAGGGAAACAUGGUGGAGGCAGAGAGUAUUCUCUCCUUUCUUCGUAGCCACCACAGUGAACACAUAACAGUUGAAAGCUUUAACGCCCUUUUGUUGGGGCACCGUGAAGCGCGACAGUUCGACUGCUGUGACGCCAUUUGGCAGGAACUUGUAGAUCGCCGUUGGCCUCGAGCGAGCCCGCUGACCGCUGAACUGUACUUGCGUAGCAUCAUGGACCACGCCAAUACCCCCACGAGUGAACCGCUUCAGAGUUUUGCCAACAUUAACGUAGUGGAAAAGAAAAAAGUCCCCCUCGUUUUAGCACAAAUGGAUGAGUUAGGUGUCCCGCGUACGCACCUGUCGCGUGUAUUGAUGGAUGAAGUGGAGGACUCGUUACGUAAGUUCCAAACAUAUAGGUCGCGCUUUUAUGAAUGGGGUCGUGCGGUAAAACAAUUUGACUUCAUUGAGUUCCGACGACGUAACGGAUGGUUAUACGACCUUCACCUGAUGAAGUGCACAACGAAACAAGUGGGGCCGCUGCGUGACUUCAACGAUCCCGACGCCGUGCAGGGUGCCGUGGCGACAGCUGAAAUUCCCGCAUUCUUCAAUGAAAGGCCAGCGUGGGAGCGGCCUCCCUUGGAAGAAACGCUUUACGUAACGACAAAUAAGGAGCGGUAUGACGACGUCCGUGGGGGUGACAUUUACUAUGACGAUACGCGUAGUUUACAUGACCGCUCGCCCACGUGGAUGAAUGAAGUGCCAGAAACACGGUACGAUCGACUGUACGGCGUGAACCAUCCAGACAUCGCGAAGAUUGGCAUCCGCCGCCACCUGAAUGUUGAAUAUGUGAACCGAAAGGAGGUUGUAGAGCGCGAUGCGGCGCUUAUGAAGAAAACAUUAAGUAGUGGACGUCGCCUGCGGCACCGCGUGGAAUCAUCGCGUACGCAUCGCAAUGCUGGUUCACUUUCCGGGAUCUCUUCCACAGCAGGUGGUGGGUCACGGUAG